AUGGCUGAUAAGCUGCAGACCCAGGGUCCCAAUGUAGAUCGCAGGCAGGUUGGCGGGACUCUUAAGUCCAUGCUCUUCCUUACUGGGGAGACGCCAGAUAAGAAAGACAGCCUGGAAGAGCAUUAUGGGCAGAGGGAACAGGACUGGCAAAGACAGCCUGGAAGAGCAUUAUGGGCAGAGGGAACAGGACUGGCAAAGGUGCGAAGUACAGGUCUGUUUGUGGAACAGUCAACAGCCUGGCACCAGGGAUUGGCACCUCCUCCGGGAAGCCCUCUAGAGGAAGCGGGCGCCCUCUUCUGGAAGAGAGACGUCAGCACGCCUGGGGUACCGCCCCUUGCCGCAGCAGCGGAGACCCCGCCCCCAUCCCUCAAACACUCCCCGCAUCACGUGGUCCCAGCCCCCUUACAGCUGGGGGUGCAACCCCGCGAGGGUGCCACCUACAAGGGAGACUGCUACCCGGGUUCCCAGUUGCCCCAUGUCCUGAAGGGGCUGGGCCUGCCUUCUGCUGUUGGCCCCUCCAGGUGGACAGACAUGUCUUGGCAGGUGGCUGCGGAGGGCUCCAGGACAGAGGACCUCGUUCUCAGCCCCCGAGACAGCUGUGGGCUCUUCCAGGAGGAUGUGGAAGAAACCGGCUCCCAGUCAGGCCUGGCCCCACACCUGCCAGGAGGAAGCUCUGGGGCUCCAGUUUGGGCUGACAGCAGGAAGAGGGUCCCCCGGGAAGAGGCCCAUCAAGGUGCCAGCUGCCAGGCUGUGGGUGCACCUGGGACCAGUGUGGAAGCCAAGGCCCGCCUGGUGGUCCCUGAGCUGCAAGCUGUGGGACAGAGGCGGGACUUGGUGCCUGGCCCCAGGCUCCAUAUCCAGUUGCCCACAGUGCCUGCCCAGGGGAGGGCCCAGACCUGCAAGAGGCUCCUGGUUUCUCUCCACGACGUCUUAGCUGGCAGUGGGCCCAGGAAUCUUUGGAGCAUGUCUGUGGGGGCAAGAAAGAAAAGCAGGAUGUGUGAGGCCCCCUUAGAGGGUGAGGAGGGGGCUGGCGGCUUCUUGUGUCUUGGCCAGAGCCCUGGUGAGGACAAGCCCCAGUCUGGGGGAGGCCUCUCACAUGGUGCUGAUGUAGAGUCUGUGAGAGUUUCUUGCAGGCCACUUUCUUGCAAGGACACUGGGUCUGGGCCUGCAGACCCAGGCGGGAGUUGGGAGGAGUGUGCCUCAGGGAUUGAGAAGUUGGAAUCUUUGCCCAUUGCAAGGGAUGGGGCCCCACCAGACACACCCUGUGCCCCUGUUGAGCCCCCAGUGUCCAGUGGAGGAGAGUUCCCUCAGCCAGCUACCCAGGCUCCUCCGCAGAGCCCUGCACUGUGCCUGGGAGAGUCUGGAAAGGCUUCCCCAGAGUGGCAAGAAGCAGGGCAGACCUUGGGGGCUGGUGGUGAGGAUGGCCCUGACACCUCACACGACCAGGAGAAGCUAGAGGUCGAGGCUCAGCCAGUGUCUGGAGGGAGGCCAGAGCAGGGACUCGCUGCUUCCACGGACACCCCUGCCAGCUCCCUGGAGCCUGCAGCCAGCAAAGCUAGAUCAGGCCAGGCCACAGGGCAGAGAAGAUACAAGUAUGCUACAAAGCUGAGAAAGGGGCCAGUGCCCUGUGCCCAGGACGGGGACACUGAGAGAUGCUCAGACCACUCCAACCAGGACCAACCAGAGGAAUCCAGCCCAGGAGGCUGCCCCAAACUGCGCCACAGCGACAACGGCCCCUGGCCUGCUUAUCACGUGCUGGAUUAUUUGGGGGGGCCAGACGUCCAGAAUUUGGAUUCCUGGGUCUGCAGCGCUUUGGAGCAGGGGUUUGAGCUUGAUGGUGGAGCCAGGCACCAGGGAUUGGCACCUCCUCCGGGAAGCCCUCUAGAGGAAGCGGGCGCCCUCUUCUGGAAGAGAGACGUCAGCACGCCUGGGUACCGCCCCUUGCCGCAGCAGCGGAGACCCCGCCCCCAUCCCUCAAACACUCCCCGCAUCACGUGGUCCCAGCCCCCUUACAGCUGGGGGUGCAACCCCGCGAGGGUCCUCCUGGGGGUGCUUACCUCAGUGGUUUUGAGUGCUUGUCUCCCUGGAGGUGCCACCUACAAGGGAGACUGCUACCCGGGUUCCCAGUUGCCCCAUGUCCUGAAGGGGCUGGGCCUGCCUUCUGCUGUUGGCCCCUCCAGGUGGACAGACAUGUCUUGGCAGGUGGCUGCGGAGGGCUCCAGGACAGAGGACCUCGUUCUCAGCCCCCGAGACAGCUGUGGGCUCUUCCAGGAGGAUGUGGAAGAAACCGGCUCCCAGUCAGGCCUGGCCCCACACCUGCCAGGAGGAAGCUCUGGGGCUCCAGUUUGGGCUGACAGCAGGAAGAGGGUCCCCCGGGAAGAGGCCCAUCAAGGUGCCAGCUGCCAGGCUGUGGGUGCACCUGGGACCAGUGUGGAAGCCAAGGCCCGCCUGGUGGUCCCUGAGCUGCAAGCUGUGGGACAGAGGCGGGACUUGGUGCCUGGCCCCAGGCUCCAUAUCCAGUUGCCCACAGUGCCUGCCCAGGGGAGGGCCCAGACCUGCAAGAGGCUCCUGGUUUCUCUCCACGACGUCUUAGCUGGCAGUGGGCCCAGGAAUCUUUGGAGCAUGUCUGUGGGGGCAAGAAAGAAAAGCAGGAUGUGUGAGGCCCCCUUAGAGGGUGAGGAGGGGGCUGGCGGCUUCUUGUGUCUUGGCCAGAGCCCUGGUGAGGACAAGCCCCAGUCUGGGGGAGGCCUCUCACAUGGUGCUGAUGUAGAGUCUGUGAGAGUUUCUUGCAGGCCACUUUCUUGCAAGGACACUGGGUCUGGGCCUGCAGACCCAGGCGGGAGUUGGGAGGAGUGUGCCUCAGGGAUUGAGAAGUUGGAAUCUUUGCCCAUUGCAAGGGAUGGGGCCCCACCAGACACACCCUGUGCCCCUGUUGAGCCCCCAGUGUCCAGUGGAGGAGAGUUCCCUCAGCCAGCUACCCAGGCUCCUCCGCAGAGCCCUGCACUGUGCCUGGGAGAGUCUGGAAAGGCUUCCCCAGAGUGGCAAGAAGCAGGGCAGACCUUGGGGGCUGGUGGUGAGGAUGGCCCUGACACCUCACACGACCAGGAGAAGCUAGAGGUCGAGGCUCAGCCAGUGUCUGGAGGGAGGCCAGAGCAGGGACUCGCUGCUUCCACGGACACCCCUGCCAGCUCCCUGGAGCCUGCAGCCAGCAAAGCUAGAUCAGGCCAGGCCACAGGGCAGAGAAGAUACAAGUAUGCUACAAAGCUGAGAAAGGGGCCAGUGCCCUGUGCCCAGGACGGGGACACUGAGAGAUGCUCAGACCACUCCAACCAGGACCAACCAGAGGAAUCCAGCCCAGGAGGCUGCCCCAAACUGGAGACAAUGAAAAUGGCCUAUGGGGUGAAGCAUGUGUGCUAUGUUGGUUCCACGGCAGUGAUCCACCUCCUGGGGGGCAUCCGCGACGGCCAGGCAGGGGACCCACUGUCUCCAAAGCUGGAGGUUCUGGAGGACAUGAUGGAAAUCAGCUCAGCCUCACCUGCGCAGGGGCCCAGAAGGAAGGACAGGCCCAUGAUCCAGGACCCCCAGGGGAACCAGCGCAGCCCAGUGGAGGCUGAAGAGGAGAAGCCUGAUGAACAAAAUGGGGCAGAGGACUCAGCUCAGCUCUGGCCCCAGCAGGAAAAGCUACCCCUGGAUGCUGGGGUACGGAGCACCGUGGUCCGUGCCAUGCGGGAGGUGCUGUGGAGUCGCCUUCGGGAGCUCCCAGACCUGGUGCUGAGUGAGGGGGCUGUGGAGGGCCUCGCUGCUGGCAUCGAGGCUGCCCUCUUCGACCUGACACAUGCCACCAACGGCCGCUACAGGACCAAGUACCGCAGCCUGCUCUUCAAUCUUCGGGACCCCAGGAACCCAGACCUGUUUCUCAAAGUGAUUCACGGAGAUGUCACCCCCCAAGGCCUGGUGCGGAUGAGCUCAGUGCAGCUGGCCCCCCAAGAGCUGGCCCGCUGGCGGGACCAGGAGGAGAAGAGGGGCCAGGAGAUCAUUGAGCAGCUCCAGAAGGAGCCAUGCAGCCUCCCAACCUCCAAACUGACCCACAAGGGGGAAGUCGAGAUCCCGCGGGACGUGGACCAGACGCUGAUCCUGGAGGAUCUGGUGGGUCCUAAGGAGAUAAUUGAAAGUUUAGAAAAAUACUUUUUACGCAAGGAGGUCCGCAGUGUUAUUUGUAACAGUGAGAGCCUGGCAAUGACCCAGUUGUCUAGCAGCAGAGGUGAUGUGUUCACUCCAGUCCCCCCCAUCAGUGCCGUGUCUCCAGGGACGGCUGGAUUCAGCCUAGCUGCUGGCCCCCGUCUCAGCUCCUGCCUCUACUCUGCAGGCUGGAAGCCCUCGUGUGAGCUACCAUCCUCCAAAACCACCACAGGGAUGGGGGACAGUGCCUUCCAGAGAGCCCCAAGCCUAGUUCCUGUGUCCUCUCCAGAGAUGCCCCAAGCCAGGGAGAAGUCUCCCACGGAGUCCCAGGACAGGGUCCCUCCUUCUAGGCUCCAGAUACCUCCUGGGCCCACAAAGGUUCUGUCCAACCAGCUGCCCUGGGAAGGGUCUCUGGACAUGUUCUCCAUCAAGCGGUUCCGGGUCAGGGCCCAGCUGGUUUCGGGACACAGCUGUCAGCUCAUCCAGGCCCUGCCCCAGGUGAUCCGCUCUGCAGGCUGCAUCCCCCCCAACACUGUCUGGGACUUUCUGGCCAGCGUCUGUCCAGCCAAGGCCAAGGAUGUCUGCGUGGUCAGACUGUGCCCACAGGGCUCUCCGGACACCCAGAACUGCCACAUGCUCUACUCCUAUCUCAACAACAAGCAACGCCAUGGCCUGGUGGCUGUGGAACAGGUGGGGGUGGUCCUGCUGCCCCUGCCUGCCUUCCAGCCUCUGCCCUCCAGGCUGCGCCCUCUUGGAGGCCCAGGUCUGGAAGCCACUCACCCAAGCCUGUUGCUGGCUGUGCUGUUCCCCAAGGCAGGGCUUCCAGCCACAGCAGAGUACAGCCCCUUGACGGGGAAGGUUCGCAAAAUGACCUCCUUCAACAGAAAGGUGGAGAUGAAGUGUUACCAGCUGGAGGACAGGAGGCCAAAUGUGGCUCUGAAGGGCUCUUCUUGCCCAGGAGGUGCCCUGCAGCAGAGCCAGGGAAAAGGCAGCCUGGCUCCAAGGGGAAUUUGUGCUUGGCAGAGUGCCCCCAGAGGCAGGGGGAGACUGUCAGGAGAGUCUGAGACCUGGCAGGGUCUUGGGCGAGGGCAGUGGCCUCCAAAACCAGGCUGGUGCCAGUCUUGGCAUCCCCAUGCAGCAGUACCAGCUGGCCGUGGCCAGCACCUCCACAGUGCUUCUUGUCCCCACCAAAAGCUGCUCCAGCAUCUGGAAUCUUUGGUGGCCAUGAGCCACCAGCUCCAAGCCUCACUGAGGUCCCCAGGCCAGGAACAACUUCUCCAACCCCCUGUCCAGUCUUCUGCAGGUGCUGGAGUUCUUGGUCUCCUCUGCAAGCCCCCUGCAGCUCCAGAGGCCCCUGGGCUAGCCCCUAACUCCUCCUUGGGCCCUACAGAUGGAGCUGACUCUGAUUGUCCCCUUCCUGGAGAGACCUGACCCUUGUUACCCACCAGAAGAGGAUCUUUAAUUUCCUCACCAGUGGUUCC